AUGAAGAAAGCAACACAUACAGAAUUUGAACGAUUUGACGACCAAGGCAAAUUAUCAUCAGACAAGAAAAUGGCUCCCCCAAAGCGCAAAGCGUUCAUCAAUGUUGACCUAGGAGAAGGAUACGGCAACUUCAAAUGCGGCCCAGAUGAGGAGCUUAUACCGAUGAUUGACCAUGCCAACAUCGCAUGUGGUUUUCAUGCCGGUGAUCCUCUACACAUGCUCGAGUCUGUACGUCUGUGCAAACAUCACGGAGUCAAGGUAGGCGCUCAUCCGGGCCUCCCGGAUGUCCAAGGGUUCGGUCGCCGGGAGAUGAAGCUCACCCCGGAAGAGCACACGGCCAAUAUCAUCUACCAAGUCGGAGCGCUCAAGGCCUUCCUCGACGCCGAGGGCAUGGAGCUGAACCAUGUCAAGCCCCAUGGCAUUCUCUAUGGCAUGAUGUGCCGCGAUCCAGAGGUCUGCCGCGCCGUCUGGGCUGGCGUGCCCCCGGGUAUCAAAGUGUUUGGUCUGGCUGGGACGCAUAUGGAAAAGGUUGCCAACGAGAUGGGCAUAGAAUUCGUAGCCGAGUUCUACGGGGACGUCAAGUACACUGCCGAGGGGUCACUGGUGAUCGACCGGAAGAAGAAGCCAUGGAACGUUGAGGAUGUGAAGAAGCACGUACGGCAGCAGGUUGAAGAGUCGGCGGUAACGGCUGUGACCGGUGAGGUGGUUCAGUUGCCAACGAAAGACUACCCCGUGUCCUUGUGUUGCCAUUCGGAUUCGCCGGGUUGCGUGGAGAUUGUCCAGGCCGCUCGUCAGGUGGUAGAUGAGUACAAUAAGGCCAACGAUUUCGCGUAG